UUUCAAACUUUUCUAGUAAUUCUUUCAUUAUUGUUAAAAAACGAACCUUUUUCUUAAUGAAGUAGAGCCCCCCUGCUGUCAUGUCCGUAAUACAUAUACACAUACGUACAAGUUCCACAGCUUCUAAACCAAAACCGAAAAUCCAUCUAUGGCGAACGACGACGCGGCACGUUCGCUAACCUCAGGGCACAGAUUCCAAUGGGACAUAUUCCUCAGCUUCAGAGGAGAAGACACUCGCCACAACUUCACAGAAAAACUCCACAACGAACUCGUACGUAACGGCGUACGUACAUUCAUUGAUAAUGAAAAUCUGGAUCGGGGUAAAGAGAUCUCUCCUAGUUUAUUGACUGCGAUUGAGGACUCAGCAGCCUCAAUCGUAGUGAUUUCGAAGAACUAUGCUUCUUCGAAAUGGUGUUUGGAAGAACUGGCGAAGUUAUCGGAGAGUAAAAGGAUAUUACUGUUGCCGGUAUUCUAUGAAGUUGAUCCGUCGGAUGUGCGGAGACAGAAAGGUCCGUUUGAGAAGGAUUUUAGAGAGCAUGAGGAGUUGGUGGAAGCAGAGAAAGUUUACCGAUGGAGAGAAGGUAUGAAGAAAGCUGGUAAUAUCUCCGGUUGGGAUUCCAGGCUUUGGGAAGAAGCAGAGUUAAUUCAAUCUCUAGUCAAGAGAGUUCUGGCAAAACUCGAUAAUACACCUUUAGGUGUGGCAAAGUACCCAGUUGGACUUCAUUCUCGCCUUGAUGAGUUGCUCAGGAUACUGAACGUUAAAGCAAAUGGUGUAAUAGUAUUAGGAUUAUAUGGAAUGGGAGGAGUGGGCAAAACAACUCUUGCCAAGGCUUUGUAUAAUCAGCUUGUUGUGCAUUUCAAGAAACGUAGCUUUAUUUCAGAUGUUAAAGAAAUUGCAAGGCGACAAAAUAGUUUAGUCACUCUUCAAAGCAAACUCAUUGGUGAUCUUAACUCAGGUGCUUCCCCAAUCAUAGAAAGUACUGCUGAAGGUAUCCAAUUAAUGAAGGAAUCUAUGAAUAAUGAGCCAGUUGUUAUUUUCCUUGAUGAUAUAGACAAUGCAGACCAACUUAAUGCAUUGAUUUGUGGAAGAAACUGGUUUUGCCAAGGAACCAGAGUCAUUGUUACCACGAGAGAUCAAAAUGUUUUACUCCCAAAUAUCGUGACUAACAUAUUUGAGGUAAAAGAGCUCUCCUCGUCUGAGUCACUUAAGUUAUUUAGUUAUCAUGCAUUUGGAAGAGAACAGCCUCCUAAGAACUUUUCGGUUCUUGCUGAAGAAGUUGUAACACUCAGUGGGGGAUUACCUCUAGCUUUGGAAAUUUUUGGAUCUUUGUUGUUCUAUAAGAAAAGAUUGAAGGAGUGGCAAGAUGUAGUGCAAAAGCUGAGACAGAUUCGUCCAGGUGAUCUUCAAGACAUCUUGGAAAUAAGUUUUACUGCUCUAGAUGAACAAGAAAAGUGCAUCUUUCUUGACUUAGCAUGUCUUCUUCUCAAUACAAGGCUUGAAAGGGAAGAUGCAAUUGCGAUAUUUAGAGGUUGUGGUUUUGGCGCUGAAAGUGCAAUAACAGAGCUCACAGCAAAAUGUCUUCUUAAAAUAGUUGAUGGGAAUGUUUUGUGGAUGCAUGAUCAGCUCAAAAACAUGGGAAGGCAAAUCGUACAGCGUGAGAAUUUCGGAGAUGCUGGUAAACGUAGUAGAUUGUGGAAUCAUGAUGAUAUUAUGGCUGUCCUAAAUAACCACAAGGGCACAAGAAACAUUGAAGGUAUUGUGGUUGACUUUGAUAAUAAGCAAGAUCAAAAUUCUGAGGAAGUAUCCUGGAUCUAUUUGAAAGAAGUGUUCAAAAAGUAUAUUGGCCAAGGUAGGACCGAAAAUGGUUUAACAUUUCACACUAGAGCUUUUCAGUGCAUGGACAAUCUGAGACUCCUCCAAAUCAAUCAUGUCAAAUUGGUUGGACAUUUCAAGCUAUUACCUGUUGAACUGAAGUGGCUGCAGUGGAAAGGUUGCCCUUUGGAAGUUAUUCCUCCAGAGUUGUUGUCCCGAAAGAUUGCAGUUCUUGAUUUAUCGGAGAGCAUGAUUACACAGGUCUGGAACAAGGGAAAGUGGAACGUUUACCAGAACAAGAUGUCAAAGCAGCUGAAAGUUGUGGAUCUACGUAGCUGUCGCAAACUUAAGGAAAUCCCUGAUUUAUCUGGACUUCAAUUGGAGAAGCUGAUUCUUGAGCAAUGCAAUGAACUAGUUGAGAUCCAUCCAUCAAUUGGAGACUUGACUAUGUUGACUCAUCUAAACAUGAAGGGAUGUAAGAACCUUUUGACAUUUCCAAAUGAUGUGUCUGGAUUGAAACGUCUUGAAGUACUUAUCCUAUCUGAUUGCUCGAGUCUAAGAGAGUUACCAGAGGACUUGAGUGGUUGGAAAUCGUUGAGAGAGCUUCUUCUAGAUGGUACCGCAAUAACAAAACUACCUAACUCUAUCUUUCACCUGAAGAAUCUUCAGAUGUUGAGUUUAAAUGAUUGCUGGUCUUUGGAGUUUCUGCCUAUAGCUAUUGGAAAUCUAAGUUCGCUGAGAGAGCUCUCGUUUAGUGGAUCAGCUCUAAAGGAACUGCCUGAUUCCAUCGGAAAAUUGAAAGAUCUUGAGGAAUUAAGCUUGAGAAUGUGCAAGGGGCUCAUCUCACUUCCUGAUUCCCUUGGCAAUCUUAGAUCUUUAAUAGGACUUUAUCUUGAUCACAGUUCCAUAAAAGAAUUGCCACCUUCUGUUGGUUUAUUAUCUCAAUUGAAGUUCCUUACUGUCAGCAAUUGCAAGUCCUUGAUUGAAUUGCCCAAUUCUGUGAGUAGCUUAUCGUCAUUGGUUAGGCUUUGUCUACAAGGGACCUACGUUAGUGAACUAAGUUUCCAGUCAGGGAACUUCGAGUCCCUUGAGAAGCUUGAGAUGGGAAACUGCACUUCUAUCAGAUCUUUACCUAGCUCAACUGGAAAUAUGUCAUGUUUAACUACUUUGGACCUACAGAAUACAUCGAUUACUGAGUUGCCACACUCGAUAGGCUUAUUGGAAAGACUUUGGACGUUGAACCUGAACAACUGUUUGAAUCUCCAACAUCUUCCGACUUCAAUUGGAGACCUUAAGAGCUUGUGUUACCUCUAUAUGGUUGAAACUGCUGUCUCAGAAUUACCCGAUGAAAUUGGAAUGCUUUCAAGCUUAAAGCUACUGAAGAUGAGAAAGAAACCACAGUCUAAAGAGGAUGAACUGCUGGAUACGGAAGAUUUACAUAGAAGAGAAAGCCCUAAACGUGUUACUCUUCCAGAAUCAUUUUCAAAUCUCUCAUCCUUGGAAUUCCUAGAUGCUCAUGCAUGGAAAAUAUCUGGCAAAAUUUCUGAUGAUUUUCAGAAGUUGACUGCUUUGGGAGACCUUGAACUUGGUUACAACGAUUUUUGCAGCCUCCCUUCUAGCAUGAAAGGACUCUCUGUUCUCAAGCGUUUGUUUCUCCCAAACUGCAGAAAGCUCAAGUUUCUCCCUGAACUUCCCUCAAGUUUGGUAUGGUUAAAUGCUGCAAACUGCUCCUCAUUGGAACAGAUAGCUAGCAUAUCAAAUUUGGAAUAUUUGGAAGAACUCCGGUUCAGUAAUUGCAAGAAGAUAAUAGAUAUUCCUGGCAUUGAAAACUUGAAAUCUUUAAAAAGAUUGUAUACAGUCGGUUGCAACGCGUGCUUGCCUUCUAUAAAAAGGAGGAUUUCUAAGGAUUCUCUUAGGCGUAUGGAGUAUCUCUGCAUUCCAGGGGAUGACCUUCCAGAUUGGUUUAUUCAGGAAGUACCUAACGUCUCAACUCACAAGCACCGUGAUCUCAAAGGGGUGAUCAUCGGCGUAGUUAUCUCUCUUGACCAAAAAGUAGAAGAUGAUUUCAGACACAAAGUCCCAGCAAUCGUGGAUGUACUAGCAAUGAUUACCACACCAGGUGAUGCUAAACCUAAACAUGAAAAGACUUUGAAGUUGUUGGGGGUUCCUGAUACAGAUGAAGAUCAGCUAUAUUUAUGUAGAUUUCAAGAAUACAGUAGUUUUACAUUAAUGCUGAAAGAAGGUGAUAGGCUUCAGGUUGCAAUUAGAGAGCAUGCACGUUUUAAUGGCCUCAAACUGAAGAAGCAUGGGAUGUACUUGGUUUUCGAAAAUGAGGAUGACUUUGAUGAUGAUGAUGAGGAUCUGUUUGAUGAACCUCAGCAGUCUGUCUCAAAGAAACUUGCCAAUUUCUUUCAUUCAUUAUGAAACAGUUAGUUCAUAGCCAGAAAUGUAGUCAGCAUACAGAAACGGAGUCCAAGAAUUGGACUAUAUAAAGAUACUUAUCAAUGUGUAUAUACUAAAUGUGUGUUUCCACCGGAAACAGCCUCUCUACGUUGUAAAGGUAUGGGUAACGUCUGCGUGCACACCACCCUUUUCAGAC